AUGUCAGGCAGAAAUGGAGAGAAUAACCACACAAGCAUAGCAUUGUUUGUCCUGCAGAAUUUCUCUGGAGACACUCAGCUCCAAGUUUUGUUCUUGACAUUCUUCCUCCUCCUUUAUCUCAUGGCUUUGGCAGGAAAUAUCCUUAUCAUCGUGGCCAUUAGUCUGAAUCCAGUCCUCCACACCCCAAUGUACUUCUUCCUGACAAACCUUGCACUGUUAGACAUCUUCUGCACCUCUACUGUCCUCCCCAAACUGCUGGAGGGUCUACUGGCCAAAGGCAGCACCAUCUCUUAUAAGGGAUGCAUGGCCCAGCUCUUCUUCCUAACAUGGUUUCUGGGGGCCGAGCUCUUGCUGCUCACAGCCAUGGCCUAUGACCGCUAUGUGGCCAUCUGCUGUCCACUGCACUAUAGCACUCGGAUGAGCCAGUCUGUCUGUAUCCAGCUUGCAGGCAGUGUGUGGGUCAUCAGUGUGGUUAGCACAUCUGUGCACACAGGUCUGAUGGCACAACUCCAUUUCUGUGGUCCCAAUCAAAUCCGUCACUUUUUGUGUGAAGUCCCCACACUGUUACUACUGUCCUGCAGCCCAACCACCCUCAACAGCAUCAUGAUCGUCAUUGCAGAUGUUUAUUUUGGUGUGGUCAACUUCCUCCUGACUAUUGUGUCCUAUGGUUUCAUCAUUGCCAGCAUCUUGGGCAUCCGGUCUGUGGAAGGCAAGAAGCGUGCCUUUUCCACCUGUUCCUCUCAUCUGUUUGUGGUCUGUACGUACUACUCCACCGUCAUCUACACCUACAUCCUCCCAGGGUCUGGGUCAUCCAUGGAAAAUGGCAAAGUAGUUGCCUUAUUGUACACAGCAGUCAGCCCUACUCUCAACCCCAUCAUCUACUCUCUGCGGAACAAGGAUGUCAAGAUGGCCCUCAGGAAAAUAUUUCCCUUUGUCAAGCAAAGGAGGGGAAAGGGAAGCUGUAGAUUAUUCCAAGUAUUAACGAGCUAA